AUGCUUCUCUAUAAGGCUCUUGCUCUUAUCCUCGCUCAUCUCGCCCUGAGUCAAGCAGCAGCUUGUCCUGCAGGAGGAUGCGGCAGUGCCAUGGCCUGUGUCCUCACCAAAACAUGCACAACAGCAACGUUUACCUCGCCCUCGACAACGACUAUCACAACCUGUGUCCCAACACCCACCUGCGCGGGAGUCUACUCAUCCUGUGAGUUCGGCGACCCGAACAGCCGAUGCUGCUCGGGCUACUGUGCUGCGAACAAAUGUCGAUCAACGGAUGAUGAUUGGCCACUUUGUAGCGAGGAUAAUGGACCUUGCAUUGUCGAUGAACACUGCUGUUAUGGAAAUACGUGUGUAAAUGGGAUUUGUAGCCGGACUUGA